AUGUCAAAGCGGGUCUCUUCCUCUGCGACAAGCAUUAGUGGUGAUGGCUUCGUCCGCUGCAAGCACAACAUUCCCGUCGUAGUCAAAACAUCCGGUACUAAUGAUAACCCAGGUCGGCGCUUCUAUGGAUGUCCAUAUUGGAAGGAUGUGAAGAAGAACUGUCGCUUUUUUAGGUGGGCGGAGAUGAAUGAUGAUGUUUGCGAGGUCUGA